AUGAACAAUUCCUUUAAUGACCAUGGAUCUCUUUUAGAUCUUGUGUUUACCUCAAACAAAUUUCUCAUAGUCAAUAAAUCACUCGAACCGACUGUUCCUACCGAUUCAUAUCACCCUGCACUUUGCAAAUCUCUGUCCAAUAGUUCCAGUAGUAUACCAUGUGACCGUAGACAAUCAUUUUUUAAUUUUAAUAAAGCAGAUUAUUUAAAAAUCAGUUCUUUCUUGGGAUUUUUUGACUGGUAUUCUACCUUUCAUCCUCUUGAUAUUGAUUCGGCGUUCAACACUUUUUACGACGCUCUCUACCAAUCUAUACUUGAUUUUGUCCCUAAGUGUACAUUCCACAAAUCGACAUAUCCGCCUUGGUAUUCCCAUGAAUUGAAACAAAUUGUUGCGUUAAAGAAAACGGCCCACGUAAGAUUCAAGUCAUCUCUAAGCAGUCAUGAUUACAAAGAAUUCUCCUUUCUCCGUGCUAAAUUCAAAUACCUUUCAAAAAAAUGUUUUCUCGACUAUGCCAAACAAGCAGAUUACUCCUUAAAAAGUAACCCAAAAAAUGCUGGCAAUUCAUGA